AAUUUGAUAUAGAUAAGAUAUAAACAUCAGUUACUUUUAAUAUUGAAAUAAAUGAUUAGAAGCUUCUUAUUAUCAAUAAAGGAUGAGAGACAACUGUUAAACAUUAGGUGCUCAGUUUCGAACCAGAGAUGUCCACCAACAACAAUUCCAGCAAACUGGACUUCGAGAUCGUCUUGGCAAAGUUCGAGUCAUCUCUAACUGAUGAAGAAGAUACCGAAUUGAAAGCCUACAUAGAAGGCUACGAAGAACUGUACAAGUUUUUCACUCUUAUGGGCACCAUUUUCACAUUUGUGAGUAAAGAUUUGGUCUCCAAAAUGGAAAUUAUGAACGAAUUAAUGUCCGAAAGUCCUGAGCAAUUUAGGACAGUUAAAAGGAUGAUUGAACACGAGAAGAAUAACGAAUUGUUAACAAAAAAGGGUUAUACGUCAGGGAGCAGGACACUAUUAAGAUUACACCGAGGUCUUAACUUCAUCAAGGAGUUUUUACAAGGAGUAAGUGGGAUAGAUGACAAGGAGGGAACUGCCACGGUUUGUAGGAAGGCUUACGAAGAAACGUUGGCAGAACAUCAUACAUUUCUGAUAAGGAAUGGGGCCAAGAUGGCAAUGGGUGCCAUGCCUACCAGAGAACAGUUACUCAAGAAGAUUAUCAGUGACGAUCCCAAAGACAUUGAAAAUGUGAUGCAAACAGUUCCUAAAGUAUUAGUUGUUCUUAACACAGUUUUUGAAAGAAUAGAUUCAGUUUAUACCGAACACAGUUUACAUGAACUCCCUUAAAUUUAAUACAGAGUGUUACAAAACAUUUUGUAUUCACAUUUUCUUUCAUUUAUAUUAAACAUAGAACACUGUGAAUAUAUUGUAAUAUGAACGCACGGUUUGUUUUCAGAGCGGACACAGGGACUUUAUUUUUGUAAAAUCUGUGCAAAGGAAUACAUAAAUAACAUAAAAAUCGA